CUUGUCUUUCUCUAUUUACAGAUUUAGGUAUAUUGAGUAGGUUUUUGAUCUAAGUACCAGUACAGCAGUAUGGAAAAUGAAGUGGAUCCAACAUAUCGAUGGGAAGGAGAUUAUGAAAAAACUUGGGAAGCUCUAAAAGAAGAUGAAAGCGGUUCUCUACAAGCAAGUAUUGAGGAAGAAAUAAACAAAGCUAAGAGGAAGCGCUUAGCAACAAGAAAAGUGAAUGUGCGUCUUGGAAUGAUGAGACAUCUAUAUAUUGUGUUAGACAUGUCUGCUGCCAUGAAUGACCAAGACUUGAAACCAAAUCGUGCAAUCGCCUCAUUGAAGAUGCUCGAAAUAUUUGUUGAGGAGUAUUUUGACCAAAAUCCCAUUGGUCAGUUGGGUAUAGUAAUCUCAAGUGAUAAACGGGCCAAAUCAGUGACUGCUAUGUCAGGUACAUCACACAAACAUUUGGAGGCAAUUCGAAAAAUGAAAGAUGGCAUUAUAAAAGACAAUGGAAAAAAUUUAGUUGGAGAGCCCUCUCUUCAAAAUUCAUUAGAAAUGUGUGAAAGAACAUUGCGACAAAUGCCGAGCCAUGCCAGUCGUGACGUAUUGAUAAUUUUAGGGAGUUUGACAACAUGUGAUCCUGGUUCAAUGUACGAUACAAUUGAAGGAAUGAAAAAGCAAAGCAUCCGAUGCAGUGUCGUGGGACUCUCCGCUGAAAUUCAUAUAUGCUCAAAACUAGCAAGAGACACUGGUGGAGUUUAUGGCGUCGUUCUGGAUGAGAGUCACUUUCUUGAUCUACUAAGAGAUCAUAUUCCUCCCCCUCCAUCUAGCUCUAGAGUAGAGUCGUCUUUAAUAAAGAUGGGGUUCCCUCAGCAUAUACCAUCUGGCCAAACAGAAAAGAUUUCAAUGUGCAUGUCUUCCAAAAAAUUUUCUAUUGGUGGGUAUUAUUGUCCUCAAUGUCAAGCAAAAUAUUCGGAGCUUCCAGUAGAAUGUGUUAUUUGUAAUUUAACUCUCGUUUCUGCCCCACAUUUGGCUAGGUCUUAUCAUCACCUUUUUCCUUUACCAGAGUAUAAUGAGCAAACUUAUGACAAUCGUGAUACUGAAAAAUUUGCCCCUACUUGCUUUUCUUGUUUACUUCCUUUUAAUCAAAACCCGAGUGCUGCCACUAUUCAUUCCUGCAAUCGAUGUAAAGAGAGCUUUUGCAUAGACUGCAAUUUAUUUAUUCAUGAGAGUUUACAUUGCUGCCCAGGAUGUGUAAAUUAUCGUCGUGAACUUGACUUAACAAUUAAUAGUUUGUGAAAUAUUCUGCCUUUCUUCUGUGAUUAAAGUUUAUAAUGUAGUGUA